CCCCUCUCCCCCGCCCCGCGGCGGCCGCGGCGGCUCUGCGCUCGGCGAACAUGGCGGCGGCGGCGGUCGGGCGGGACACUUUACCUGAGCACUGGUCCUACGGCGUGUGCCGGGACGGCCGCGUCUUCUUCAUCAAUGACGAGCUCCGCCGCACGACCUGGCUGCACCCGCGCACCGGGGAGCCCGUCAACUCGGGCCACAUGAUCCGCUCAGACCUGCCCCGCGGCUGGGAGGAGGGCUUCACGGAGGAGGGCGCCAGCUACUUCAUCGACCAUAACCAACAGACCACAGCAUUCAGGCACCCUGUGAGUGGGCAGUUUUCUCCAGAAAAUAGCGAAUUUAUUCUUCAAGAAGAGCCACAUCCACAUAUGUCGAAGCAAGAGAGAAACCAAAGACCGUCCAGCAUGGUCAGUGAAACAUCCACAGCUGGAACCACGUCGACCGUGGAGGCCAAACCUGGCCCCAAGAUCAUGAAGUCCAGCAAUAAAGUCCACAGCUUUGGGAAGAGGGACCAGGCCAUCCGGAGGAACCCCAAUGUUCCAGUGGUGGUGAGGGGGUGGCUGCACAAGCAGGACAGUUCUGGGAUGAGGCUGUGGAAAAGGAGAUGGUUUGUGCUUGCCGAUUAUUGCUUGUUUUACUAUAAAGACAGCCGAGAAGAAGCUGUCCUUGGGAGCAUCCCUCUGCCCAGCUAUGUGAUCUCGCCUGUGGCCCCUGAGGACCGUAUAAGUCGCAAGUAUUCCUUUAAGGCUGUGCACACGGGGAUGCGAGCACUCAUCUAUAAUAGCUCCACAGGGGGUUCUCAGGCCGAGCAGUCAGGCAUGAGGACCUACUACUUCAGUGCCGACACCCAGGAGGACAUGAACGCUUGGGUCCGGGCCAUGAACCAGGCCGCACAGGUGCUGUCUCGAUCAUCACUAAAGAGGGACAUGGAGAAGGUGGAGCGGCAGGCGGUCCCCCAGGCCAAUCACACAGAGUCCUGUCGAGAGUGUGGCCGUGUGGGACCUGGACAUGCAAGGGAUUGUCCUCACCGCAGCCAUGAGGAUUCCUUUGGCUUCGAGAGGCGGGAGCAAGAGGAAGAACGCUACCGUUCCCAGAGGGACCCACUGGAGGGCAAGCGGGACAGGAGCAAGGCCAGGUCCCCAUACUCACCAGCUGAGGAGGAUGCCUUGUUCGUGGAUUUACCUGGUGGCCUGAGAGGCCAGCAAGCACAGCCCCAGCGGGCAGAGAAGAACGGAGUGCUGCCCACCACAUAUGGCCCAGGGGAGCAGAAUGGGACCAGCGGGUAUCAGCGAGCCUUUCCUCCCAGGAACAACCCUGAAAAGCACAGCCAGAGGAAGAGCAGCCUGGCCCAGGUGGAGCACUGGGCAAAAGCCCAGAAGGGGGACGGCAGGAGCCUGCCGCCGGACCAGACCCUUCCCCACCAGGGCCCCAGCCAGUCCCUGUCCUUCCCGGAAAACUACCAGACCCUUCCUAAGAGUACCCGACACCCCUCAGGGGGCUCCUCGCCCCCUCCCCGCAACCUGCCGAGUGACUACAAGUAUGCGCAGGACCGAGCCAGCCACCUGAAGAUGUCAAGCGAGGAGCGCAGGGCACACCGGGACGGCACCGUGUGGCAGCUCUACGAGUGGCAGCAGCGCCAGCAGUUCCGGCACGGCAGCCCCACGGCGCCCAUCUGUGCUGGCUCGCCAGAGUUCCCCGACCAGGGCCGGAGUAGGAGCAUGCUGGAGGUGCCCCGCUCCAUCUCUGUGCCUCCAUCUCCCUCGGACAUCCCUCCUCCGGGCCCCCCGAGGGCCUUCCCACCCAGACGGCCACACACGCCGGCAGAGAGGGUCACCGUGAAGCCGCCGGACCAGCGGAGGAGUGUGGACAUCUCGCUGGGGGGUUCUCCCAGCAAGGCCCGGGGCCACACCACCAAGAACUCUUCUCAUGUGGACCGACGCUCCAUGCCCUCCAUGGGCUACAUGACCCACACUGUCAGCGCUCCCAGUUUACAUGGAAAAUCGGCUGACGACACCUACCUCCAGCUGAAGAAAGACCUGGAGUACCUGGACCUAAAGAUAAAAAAUAAUGAACCUUUGAUCAACGUGCUUUACAAAGUGCUGAAGAAGUCAGCACGGGGCUGUCGGCCCAGGAGAAGCAUGACAGGCAGGGAUCUUGUCAAGGAUCGAAGUCUGAAGCCAGUGAAGAUCGCGGAGAGUGACAUUGACGUCAAACUGAGCAUCUUCUGUGAACAAGACAGGAUCCUCCAGGACUUGGAAGACAAGAUCCGAGCCCUCAAGGAGAACAAAGACCAGCUAGAGUCCGUCCUGGAGGUAUUGCACAGACAGAUGGAGCAGUACCGAGACCAGCCCCAGCACCUGGAGAAGAUUGCUUACCAGCAGAGGUUGCUGCAGGAGGACCUUGUCCACAUCCGGGCGGAGAUCUCCAGAGAGUCCACUGAGAUGGAAAAUGCCUGGAAUGAAUACCUGAAGUUAGAGAGUGAUGUGGAGCAGCUGAAGCAGACCCUGCAAGAACAACACAGAAGAGCCUUUUUUUUCCAGGAGAAAUCGCAGAUACAGAAGGAUCUCUGGAGGAUUGAAGACGUCAUUGCAGGCCUGAGUGCAAAUAAAGAGAACUUUAGAAUCCUGGUGGAAUCAGUCAAAAAUCCAGAGAGAAAAACGGUGCCUUUGUUUCCUCAUCCGCCUGUGCCUUCACUCUCAACUUCUGAGAGCAAGCCACCCCCACAGUCCAGCCCUCCCACCAGCCCCGUGCGGACCCCUCUGGAGGUUCGACUCUUCCCCCAGCUGCAAACCUAUGUGCCGUACCGACCUCAUCCACCCCAGCUGAGGAAAGUGACAUCCCCUCUUCAGUCACCAACCAAGACGAAGCCCAAAGUUGAAGACGAGGCACCUCCCAGGCCCCCACUCCCCGAGCUCUACAGUCCAGAGGACCAGCCCCCGGCCGUGCCACCUCUGCCAAAGGAGGCCACCAUCAUCCGGCACACUUCAGUGAGGGGCCUUAAGCGGCAGUCAGAUGAGAGGAAGCGAGACCGGGAGCAGGGGCUGUGUGUGAAUGGGGACUCCAGGGUAGAGCUCCGGUCGUACGUUAGUGAACCUGAGCUGGCGACUUUCAGUGGGGACAUGGCCCAGCCCUCCCUGGGACUUGUGGGCCCUGACAGCAGGUACCAGACCCUGCCAGGCAGAGGCCUCUCAGGGUCCACGUCAAGGCUCCAGCAGUCGUCCACCAUUGCUCCCUACGUCACACUCCGGAGGGGUCUCAAUGCCGAAAGCAGCAAGGUGACCUUCCCUAGACCCAAGAGUGCCUUGGAGCGUCUGUACUCAGGGGACCAUCAGCGGGGCAAGAUGAGUGCGGAGGAGCAGCUGGAGCGCAUGAAGCGGCACCAGAAGGCCCUGGUCCGGGAGCGCAAGAGGACGCUGAGCCAAGGAGAGAGGACGGGCCUGCCCUCGUCCCGCUACCUCAGCCAACCUCUCCCCGGAGAUCUCGGCUCAGUAUGUUAGGAGGGUCCAGGCAGGAGGGGCUGGGACAGGAGCAAAGCUUCCCUGAGUUCCCCGAACAUAAGAACGUCACACCCUGGAGAGAGUAGGCCUUCGACUGGGAUGGUUCAGAAAACACCCCACAAGGCUGUUUGUCCACAACCCAGGCCACAUGUGUCACCUGGUCAGAGGGUGAUCCAGAAUCAGAGAAGGAGUGAGGAUGUCACGGCAGGAGCCUGGGAACCAGAGAAAAUGUCCCAAGUUUGUUCUCCAAGCCGAGCUUGAGAGAGGCCAUGGUAACAUUUGGAGUCUCAGCUGAAUCAAGGACUUGGGUGUACAGAGUUCAAGAAUGGAGGAGGAAGAUGAUGAUAUGAUUUGAUGAGGGGGAGCCCAAGCCAACUUGCCUCCCAAACCUCUAAGUGAUGCCCUGUGGAGCAACUGAGCACAGGGUGGUGCUCCACAACCCUGAGAGCACGUGGUCUCCCACAGCUUGUGGUGCUGGCAGGCCUCAUGGUGUCCCUAGAGAGCUGGGGACUCUGUGCUGCCUCCUGGUGGUGCUUCCAGGAACUGCACCCUGCCCUCAGUCCCCUUCAGUCCUUUUGGGAAACGUUCCAUUUGACUUUUCCCUGUUGUUUGAAAUCACGUGUUUCCCUAGACCUCUAGCCAGACUGUUCUUUCCCUAAUUCAUUGCACAAGCUCUUUUGCUUUUAGUGUUACCGCUCAUUGCCUCUCUAAUCCUGCCUGAUUGUGUUUACAGAAGCUUCUAAUUUGCAUUGAACAUUCUCUAACUGGCCUGUGCUCUUUGUUACCAGGCUUGUAAUAGCAGCUCUUGUCUCCAUAGCCUAGCUAGCACUCCCAUGUGUCACUCACCUUUCUGCUGCCCCCUUUAUGUAGGCCUACUGACUCAUAAUUCACUUAACCCAAAAGCUGCCCCGUAAGGCUGAGCCAACCCCGCUGCCUGAGGGCCAUGAUCAUGGGCAGAGGUCUGGGCAUUAUGAAUUUAUCCAAGUCCAUGCCUUACACCUGGACAGCAGACACAAACUUCAGAGAUCACACGAUUAAAUAAAUUCUACCAAUCCUAAAGUGGUUCAGUUUUAAUUCCUCCAGUCCUAUCGCACAAUUUCUUAUGGAAAACUUUCUGUGUUUCUAGUAUUUAAUAGUUUGAAUGGAUGGCGAGAUAUAUUAUGUUCUGUAUUCAGAGGACCUCUCUGCAGCUGUUAGCACAGACACCAAAGGGGUAAGACCCAGGACACUCCUAGCUUCAAAAGCUGCAAAGCCGGUAACUUUUAAACUUUAUAAGCAAAUGUCAUUUGGGGGUAACACUGACCUUUUACAACCUGAUGUCUCAAAUGUAGAAAGAUUAUCUAAAAAUCGUAACUUGAAUAUCUUGUAAUUUUUCUCUUAAAAAAGACUUGUGUAAGUCUCUGCAUCAACGCCAAUAAACGUGUUGCUUAAUGAUAA